AGUCUCCGCCAUGCUAAGGGGUGGACGAUCAGUGGAGGGCGACGACCACCCCGUUCGCCACCAACCCCUUACACUAUAUAUAUCUAUAGCUGUGCUACCGGUGAGUGAGCGAGAGUUUCAAAAAUCGAAUUGUUUACGAGUAUCGCUACCGCCACCGCCGCUCACCAGUCACCGCUGUCUGUCGCCGCCGCAGCCAGCCAGAGCGCCCAGAGGGCCAGAGCCAGUUACCGUGCAACAGCAGCGCCGCUCUUCGGGGGUCCAUAGCGACGAAAAGUUUAUACUCGUUAAGUGCCAAUAAUAAUAACGGAAUAAAAAACAUAUUUAUCGUCAUUCGUCGCACACACUCACACACCGCGUACGGAUUCUGCGGCUUAUGUUCGCUGUGUUUGGACCGUUGAAAUGAAGCUGAAAACCAUAUCGGAAACUGUAAACAAGGACGAACUGUUCAAAAAGGUGUGGAACCUCUCUGCAGAUCAUUGUAUGGAUGUCGUAUUAAUGAUGUUCUCACACGCAGAAGGUACAACACUACUUGGCACACACAAGCUUGAACAAUUUAUUGUGACUACUGAACUUUGUCGUUUCACCUCGAUGAUGUUUAAUCGUCCACCGCUAUACCGUCCUGCUCUAGACUGCACAGUUGCAAAUGAUUUUGUUUCUACAGAAUUUGAACGCUAUAUUGAUUUGGUUGAAGACAAUGCUUAUGAAUUGUCAAGUGCUCCCAAUAGUGAGGUACUUGUUAUCAUUGCAAACAAUGAAUGCCGCAAAUUUAUUUUUGCUUCUCCACGUUUACGUCCUUAUAUUAUGUCCAAAGAAUGCAUCUCGGUUAUCGAAAGAUGCUUAGGCAAAGGCACUUUCUCUGCUGGUCAAGAAUCUGAUAUGGAUAAAUAGCAAUUAAUAUCUUUUGCAUCACUACAAUUCUCAGUGCUGCUAAACGUCUCCUCGUGACAUAUAAUAGUCUUCAUGGAAAAUCAGUCUAAAAGUACCUAUCUUGAUGCUUGUCUGUGCUAUCUUUAUAAUAAUAAUACUAAUAAUAAUAAUUAUAUUAAUAAUUUUA